AUGAGUGGGGAUCAAGAUAUGCAAGAAAUCGCAAGGACAUAUGUCCCUUAUCAGGAGGAACAACCUGACAAGGAAAGAGAUAUAGACAUGGUCUCUAAUAAUGCAAGUGAUGAUGGCGAUGAAGAGCUGUUCAAAGAACAGAGCUCUUUCAACCAACCCUCCAUGAAAUCAAGCCUCAUUGUUAGGAGCAAAAAUAAGUCCCUUAAGAACUUGAAGGAAUGUGAAGAGAAGGGAAUUGACCCUGAGAACAAAGUGGAAGAGCAGAAAUGGGAGAAAAUUGAUCCGGUACAGAAAAAGAAAAAUAUUGGUAAAGUUGCAGAGCUUACUAAUGUCAUCAAACAACUCAUCGAGAAGCUUAGUAACUUCACAUCAAUGUAUGUGGGUACGAAGUUCUUUUAUGAGCAAUAUGACACAGUUAUGGAGAUGCUCAAUAGAUUUAUUUAUAACGAGAACCAAUCCAUGAUCUUGAUGUCCCGGUCAAACACUGUUUUACACCAAUUUAUCAGUAAGAUCAGAAAUGAUCUUAAUAAAAAGUUGAAGGAUGAAGCGGUAAAGUGAGAUGUAAGAACUAUUAGAAUAAACUCCAUCUUAACCACUAAAGAAACCGCUAUUCUGAACCAUUUUGCUGAAUGACUAGGAAUGGAUAACUGAGAUAAGCAGACCCUAGCCCAAGAGAUGAGAGAGCGGAUGGAGGCAUUUUUCAAAGAUUGACCAGGAAUAGCGGUACUUUUCAUUCUAGAGAAUGUGGAGUACUAUGUUGAGAAUUCAAAGCAGUCACUUCUUUAUAAGAUCCUAGACAUGCUCCAAUACACAAAGAUAAAAUUUGCGUUCAUCGCUACUUCCCAAAGAGUAGAUAUUAUUGAUAGCUUUGAGAAAAGGAUCAAAAGUAGAUUUUCACAUAGACAAAUCCUCUUUUAUAGUGAAGAUUUGAAGACAUUUAAAGACUGAAUUGACGACACUAUCAAAAGUAUUGGAGGGCAUAGUGAGACUAACAGACAAGAGAAGCAGUUUAUUGACCAACUUUAUAAGUUUAUCAAGGAUCCUGAGUAUGGAUGAAUGGAGAUCUUCCAAAAGUUAUUCGAUAAAGGAAAGGAUUACGAAUUCUUAUGUAGAACACUCAAAAUCGCUCUAUCACAUCUUAAUAGUACCUAUAAAUCUGAGCCAGAUAUGAUCUCCACUUUUGAAGAAAAUGGCGGUGAAUUGUUUAAAAAGAGUCUGGAUUAUGUUGAGAAUCUUUCAACCUCUAAUGACUUCAAGACAAUAUUGUCUAAGAUGCCUGAAGCAUAUUUAGUUGUGCUGAUCUCUGCAAAGAACUCUUUUCAGAAUUGCAUGCAAGAGUUCUUCACUUUCACUCUUGCUUAUAAUGAAUACAAGCUGUUUUUGAAAAGAAACCAAGGGAAGCUGAUCAAGAUCUCAAAGGAAACAUUUAUAAAAAUAUUCAUUGAUUUAGUCAAGAAAGGAUUUAUCAAGACAAAGGCGACUACAGAUAUUAUAAUUAGUGUAAAUAACAAGAUGGGGCUUGGUAUUGAGUUUGAAGAACUCACUUUAAUGAUAAGAGAGAAAGUAAACUCUGGAACAGACAUUUCAACUUUUGUAAGAGUCUUCUCUGAGAACCGUACAGGCGAUACUAUCAGAUAAUUCUAUGAAAUUCAACAUUUAUCAAA